GACAGACAGACAGAGAGAGAGUAUGCGUGUUUGUGUAGGCCUGUAUGUGUGUGCGUGCAUGUGCGGCCCCGCGCUCGUGCAUGUUUAAAAGUUCACAUUAGCCGUCAGUAUUUAUUGUUCGCCCUUUUUUAUCAGCCUCAUGAUAAAAUUAAAACGAACUAUUUUACUGAAGGCAAUCGAGGUUAAUAACGAGUGAUCAUUUUGCAAGAUUAAUCAUACAAUCAAUCAUGUCAUUAUUUCAUCCCAUCAUUAAGGCAUAUCUCACAACAAGUCUUUUUAAUACAACACAUGUGUUUACUUUGGAUCGGCAAAGACUUAUGUUCACUUUUUCUUUCUUUUUUUGAAGUUGCAUAGAGUUCUGCAGGUUUAUUGAUGAAGUCAUCAUAUAUAGGCCUUUAUUUUUUUCUCUCUCUUUUUUUUCUGCUUGGUUAAUAGUUUUUUGUAUAUCGACAAUAUUUGUACAUUCUAUCCCCUGAGAGAGUUUUGUAUAUUACUUCUUGUCAAAAAAAACCCCCCAAAAAAACACAUUGCUAAAAAAAAAAAAAUCAUAUAUAGGCCUAUAGCCUAUUAUACACUGCAACUUAUUUAGUUGCAAGUACAUUAUUAGAGACUAGAGCGUUUUACAGAAACAUACUAUUUAAUUUUUAAGUGUUACUUGCCAUCUUUGUAAUUUUGUUGUGCGAUUUACUUGCAAAUAAAGUAUCCUAAACCAGUUUUUGUUCAGUGUAUUGCAACACAAAACUGUAUGUUUAAUUAAAUGAAACCUGUUUGCAUGAUUGGUUUUAUACAUUUAUAUUCUCGAAGCUCCUGAAACAGGCGGUUUUAUUGCGCAAACUCAGAGACGCAUCUCUUGCCAUUACUCUCGCUCAGGUCACAGCACACACUCUUUACAGCAGGAGACAGGAGGAGACACGGCAAAAGCACAAGAUAUUUCACAUCCAUGAUGAAAACGCAUUUAAUGUUUAAUGCAAUAAGAUGAGAAUUUGCAUAGAUUGGACAGAUUAAACUAAAAUGGGGAUCAGGACUUAAUCCGACUGUCACUAAAACAAUGAUCCACCCAAAAGUCUUGACACUCUUUCAUCUUCACAUUAUCUGUCGAUGGAUUAUGUCUUGUCUUGAGUGGAUGACCAUUGAUUGUAUCAAUGCGUUGAUUAUUCAUCAGAUCUUCGGGUACUUGAGGUGCUCAGACUCGCUGGCGCCUGGAUAUCACAAGUGCCGAACGUGUGAACAAGCCAAUUGCGACAUAUAUUAGCUUCAAUUACAGAGUUAUAAUUCCGCAGAGAGUCGCUUUACUCAUGCAAAUGAGCGCGCGCCUCCUGCAUAAAGUCCGAGAGGAACUUCAGCUCAUCGAGUCGUGUUUAGGAGGAAACAUCAUGUCCAAGAACUUCUCCGUGGAAUGGUUGUCCCAGAGUUUCCAUGAUAAUAAUAUCCAUAAACCAUGUGAUGCAUCUUCAGAAAUUGAAGAGGUAGAGAACAAGGCCUCGACUUCCCCUUUAAGUAAGUAUGACCUUCUCUCUCUCAUGUCUCUAUUGCACACAUUGUGUUUAUCGAUACGCAAACAUAAGUUUUUAUGUGCAUAAUAUGAUACGCAGUUUAUUGCAUGUAAUACACAGGCACCCCACACCUCUGCUAAUCCUACACAAGGGGAACUACUUUCCGCGUAUACAUUGCACGAUAUAAGCUACACAAUUUAAUGUGACCGUGCAAUCCAUUUUGAAAUGCAUCAUGUUCUCCCCAUCAUCACAUCAGAUAGUUGUGGGUACACCUCUGCCUCUGAGAGUGAUGAUGUCGCCGAUGACAGUGAAGGAGAAUCCGGUGCGCGCCGCCGCGCCAGAACCAAGUUCACCACCGAGCAGGUCGCGCGCCUGGAGAAGAGCUUCAGCAAACACAAGUAUCUCGGAGCGACUCAGAGACGCAAGAUAGCGGAGAAGCUGCAUCUGUCUGAAACACAGGUGAAAACAUGGUUCCAGAACAGACGGAUGAAGCUGAAGCGGGAAGUUCAGGACAUGCGCGCUGCCGAGUUUUUUGUGCCGACAUUUCUUCCACCGGUGACGUCAUUUCAGCACCAAGCCACGAGCGGACAGCGCGCGCGCCUGUAUUACCCCGCGCGUGCACUGCAGCAGCGCGUCCACCCGGUGCUGUUCGCGCCCUGUUACUUUUAAGCAUUUCCUUUGAUUUUAAAUGAUCUGUAAUCUAGAAUUUAGAUGUGAUAUAUAUAUAUAUAUAUAUAAAAAACAAAAAAAAAAAA